AGCUCCUCGAAAAUCGAGGAAAUUAUGCACAAUACGCUUUAAUCUUAGUAGAAGAAGAGAAAUUUCGCGAACAAUGAAAGAAAAUGUGGAAAUUGUUAUUUCUUUUCCUCUUCUUUCGUGAGGCCGAAAAGGUUUUUUCUGCCAAUGAAACAACUUCAGUGACCGUAACGGAGAGCACGAUAUCAUACAGUACGGCAAGUGUCUCGGCUGGCGCAGAUGUCUCACCCAAUGCUUCGUCGGACAGUACCGCUUUUUCUCGAACAGUGACACUGGAACUGAGUCAAUCCAUACUUGGCGACAAUUCUGAAAACAUCGUUCAACCAUCGGCAACCGCUGCCUCGCAGCAAACGUCGCAGACCAUAAAUGCAUCUGUGACAGCUCCCCCCGAACUGGGUUGUAUGAAUGUCAACUGGGGUGAUCCCGAAUGUCAGGAUGUAAAGUGCGUUGAGGAUCAGAUGGAUGCUGUGUCCAACUGUAUGAAGGACAAGCCGGAAAAUUUUUCUUUAUCAAAUAUGAAGGUCCCUGAACAGGUCGUGAAGACAGGAAUGUCCCUUGCAAAGGCGAUACAGAGUAAAGAUAAAAACAAGACUAGAGUCAUUAUCACGGAUAAUAUUGCUAUGGAAGUCGGUCUCUUUAACAGUGGGGAAAUGAAAAACAACUUUAAGAAACCUACACUCGUAUUUCCCAACUACUCUGACCCAGCAUUCACUGACAAAUGGAAGGCCAUGGGUGACUCUGUUGCAUUCACAAUGGAUAAGCUUCCUUUUGAAGGAGAAGUCGCGUAUUCUGUCGCCAUUUUGCCUGAUGUCGUGGGAGAAUCAUAUCUGGAUAAAGAUAUGAUUGCUUGGCAGGACAACCAUAUUCCAGAUUCAGCUCUGUCUGAGUUGUACGUGGUGGGUGACAAACUUAUGACCCGAAAGGAAGUUCCAAGGAGACGAAUCAACAGCAACUUGCUCUCCGCGGAAUUUCGUCAUAAAAAUAAAAGUGAAAUGCUGAGUGGACGGCUGGAAAAACCAGCUUUGAUUACUUUAAAACAUCGUCAUACCACUGAAGAUCAUUUUGAUCCAAGAUGUGUUUUCUGGGAUGGAAACCUCGAGGCGUGGUCCAAUGAUGGUUGCAAAGUUGGAAAAACCGGAAAAUCAGAGACAGUCUGUGAAUGCACGCAUUUUUCAACAUUUGCACUGAUAAUGAGCGUAAAGGAGAAGGUGGAUGACGCGGAUCGCAAAAUGGUUGUUACUGUGGCUACUGUACUGGGAUCAUUCUCAUUGCUUGCUCUGCUGAUCUGUGCUGCCGUCGCCAUUGUUCUCACCUAUCAUCAGAGGGACAACAUGCGGAUUGCUCUUAACGUUGAUGUAUCACUUCUGCUCAGUCAGCUGGUUUUCUUCAUUGGUUUAUCUACCGGCGAUAAUUCGUAUUUCGCCAAACCCAAAACAUGUGAUGUGGUCAAUCCUUUCGUGCACUUUUUUGAGCUGGCAGCUCUAACGUGGUUGCUAAUGGAAGCAGUGCACUAUUACUCCACGCUCAAGCCACUGUUCAACGAGAAAAACACUGUACCCAUCGUGUUUUAUUUCGCUGUGGGGUGGGGAGUGCCUGUAGCUUUCGCUAGCGCAUUGGCGGACUUCGCGUACCCUCACUUUGGUGAUCCCGGAAGGAGUGAAUUUUGUUGGAUGUCAAUUCGCGGAGGUGAGGCCUGGUUCUUUGGAACACAAGUUUUGGUUCUCGUUGUGCUGAAUCUCGCCGCCCGUGCGUUCAUCGCGAAGGAGAUUGCUUGCUGGGAAGGUGAUCCGGAUGACAUCAAAAUUGAAAGGGCCAGGAAUCGGAUGUUGACAUCUUUAGUGUUAAUGGUGGUGAUUGUGAUGACGUGGCUUUUUGGUGUCUUGGCUAUGAACAACACGGACAGAAAGAUCUUCCACUACGUCUUCAUUGUCUUCUACACAUUCCAGGGUCUACUGGUUCUGCUUUUUUACUGUGUCCGCAACCAAGAGAUGUGGGACUAUCGAAAAGAUAAAAAGGACGAGGAAGAGAAAGAAAAGAACAAAACCUACGACUUUGUGUACCAUCCAUAAGAGCAACAAGUAUACCCUCAAUACUAGAUAAUUUUGUAAAAACGUUUGGUAGAAGAUUGCACUUUUAUUCGUUUCAUUAACGAACUAAAGGGACUUACAAAGAAAUUGCCCUUUUUGUAGAUGGUGAAAAUUAGUUAAGGCUCCCAUGAUAUUGAAGUUAAGCAUAAAAUUUACGGUAAACGGCAAAAAUUAAACUUCUUAGAUUCGCCUGUUUAUUGCACUAAAACAAAAUUAUUUGCAUUAACUGUAAACAAGAGACUGUUUAUACAUCCCUGUAGGAUUGAUCGGGGAUUAUUGUUUGGGUGAUUCUGAAUAAGUGAUAAUCCUUAGACGAGUUUGAGCAUUGAGAUGAGAAGUUUACAUAGAUGUGGCCUUAGUAACAAGACUUCACUGGUAGUUAAAAAUCUAUCAAUUAAUUUAUCAAUUCAAGUGCAAUCU